AUGGCGUCCAAGCGAAAGGCUUCCGCGAUGAACGCGGCCGCCUCGGACGAGCCGGUGGAUCCUUCCGACGAGCUCAUGUUUCUGUGUCUUGGAGGCGGCAACGAAGUUGGACGGUCAUGCCAUAUCAUUCAGUACAAGGGGAAGACGGUCAUGCUUGACGCUGGCCAGCACCCUGCAUACGAUGGCCUCGCCGCCCUGCCGUUCUAUGAUGACUUUGAUCUCAGCACCGUAGACGUGCUCCUCAUCAGCCACGAAGGAAAAAGGGCAUGCUCCAUCUACCUACACAGUGAUGCCCGCCAUGUGUGUGCUCCGAAGCAGUGUCUCUUCAUUUGUCUCUCCCCAUUGCUAACACGAGGGGAUAGUUUCCAUAUAGACCAUGCGGCGUCUUUGCCAUAUGUCCUGGCCAAGACCAACUUUCGCGGCCGCGUCUUCAUGACGCAUCCGACCAAGGCCAUCUACAAAUGGCUCAUCCAAGACAGCGUCCGCGUUGGCAACACGGCGUCAAACUCGGCCACGCAGCUCUACACGGAGCAGGAUCACCUCAACACGUUUCCGCAAAUCGAGGCGAUCGACUAUCACACGACUCACACCAUCUCCUCCAUCCGCAUCACCCCCUAUCCGGCCGGCCACGUCCUGGGAGCAGCCAUGUUUCUCAUCGAGAUCGCCGGUCUCAACAUCUUCUUCACCGGAGACUACUCCCGCGAGCAGGAUCGCCAUCUGGUCUCAGCAGAGGUUCCCAAGGGCAUCAAGAUUGACGUGCUCAUCACCGAGUCGACAUAUGGCAUAGCAUCCCACGUGCCGCGCCUGGAACGAGAGCAGGCUCUCAUGAAGUCCAUCACGGGAAUCCUCAACAGGGGCGGUCGAGCACUGCUGCCCGUCUUCGCCCUCGGCCGCGCGCAGGAGCUCCUCCUCAUCCUGGACGAGUACUGGGCCAAGCACCCGGAGUACCAAAAGUUCCCCAUCUACUACGCCAGCAAUCUCGCCCGCAAAUGCAUGGUCAUCUACCAGACAUAUGUCGGAGCCAUGAACGACAACAUCAAGCGGCUCUUCCGAGAGCGCAUGGCUGAGGCCGAAGCCAGCGGCGACUCGGCGGGCAAAAACGGGCCCUGGGAUUUCAAAUACAUCCGCUCCCUCAAGAACCUGGACCGCUUCGACGACGUCGGCGGCUGCGUCAUGCUCGCCAGCCCCGGUAUGUUGCAGAACGGAGUCAGCAGGGAGCUGUUUGAGCGCUGGGCGCCCAGCGAGAAGAACGGCGUCAUCAUCACCGGCUACAGCGUCGAGGGCACCAUGGCCCGGCAGAUCAUGCAGGAGCCCGACCAGAUCCAGGCCGUCAUGUCUCGCAGCAUCGCGGGCGCCCGUCGAGGCCCAGGGUCUGACUCGGAAAAGGUGCUGAUUCCCCGGCGGUGCAGCGUCCAGGAGUACUCCUUCGCCGCCCAUGUCGAUGGUGUUGAGAACAGGGAAUUCAUCGAAGAAGUUGCUGCGCCCGUUGUUAUCCUCGUCCACGGUGAGCAGCACAACAUGAUGCGCCUCAAGUCCAAGCUGCUCUCCCUCAACGCCAGCAAAACCCUCAAGGUCAAGGUCUACUCCCCCCGCAACUGCGAAGAGCUGCGCAUCCCCUUCAAAGCCGACAAGACGGCCAAGGUCGUCGGCAAGCUCGCCUCCAUCCCUCCCCCCAAGGACCCCGACGCGCCCGCGCCCCUCAUCACCGGCGUGCUCGUCCAAAACGACUUCAAGCUCUCGCUCAUGGCGCCCGAGGACCUGCGGGAGUACGCCGGGCUCAACACCACGACAAUCACGUGCAAGCAGCGCCUGACGCUGAGCGCCGCCGGCGUGGACCUCGUCCGCUGGGCGCUCGAGGGCACGUUUGGCGCCGUGGAGGAGCUGCCCGAGAUGCGCCGCGUCAAGAAGAACGGCGAGGCGUCGUCGGACGGCGACGGCGACGGCGACGAGAAGAUGGCCGAGUACGCCGACGAAGAAGUGGCGAACCUGGUGGCGGCGUACCUCGUCAUGGGCUGCGUCUCGGUGCGAUACCGCACCAACGGCGAGGUCGAGCUCGAGUGGGAGGGCAACAUGCUCAACGACGGCAUCGCCGACUCCGUCAUGGCGGUGCUCUUUUCCGUCGAGAGCUCGCCCGCCGCCGUGAAGCGCUCGUCAAACAACACCAAACACUCCCACUCUCACACGCACGAGUCUUCUUCUGCCAAGGGCCUCCUCUAUGCCGCGCAGCUGGACAGCAAGAAUCCGCACGCGCACGUUUCUCCCGAGGACCGUCUCGAGCGGCUGAUGUGGUUCCUAGAAGCCCAGUUUGGCGCCGACAACGUUGCUCCCGUAGAGGAUCCCAAACUACCACCUCUGCCCUCCGAAGAAUCAAUGGACGUCGACGACGACGACAACAACAACAACAACACCAGCGAGAACGGCGAUGACGACAAUGCAAAGCAGCAGCAGCAACAGCUGGAAGAAGAGCGCAAGCACAAGGAACUCGCCCGCCUGCACAAGCUCGGGAUCCCCGUGCCCGGCAUCUCAAUCAAGGUCGACAAUAAGAUGGCGGCGACGGUCUGGCUGGAGGAUCUCGAGGUGGAGUGCGGCAACAAGGUGUUUGCGGAUAGGGUCCGGGCGGUGGUGGAGAGGGCGGUCGAGGUUACUGCGCCGCUUUGGGGGUAA